GCCGGGGUCUGCGCAGGCGCGCUCUCCCGUGGGCAACAUGGCGGACGCGGCCCCUCCGCCGAGCAAGAGGAAGCGCGAAGUGGCCGCCGCAGGGGAAGACGCCCCCGGCACAGAGGACAAGGAAGCCAGAAUAGCCGGCGUUGGGAAUGGCACCGCUGCCCCUGCCCACCUCCCUUUCUCCGGCUUCAGAGUGCAGAAAGUGCUGCGGGAGUCCGCGCGGGACAAGAUCCUCUUCCUGCACGGCAAGGUGAAUGAGGCCUCUGGGGAUGGAGAGGAUGCCAUUGUGAUCCUGGAGAAGACACCAUUCCAGGUGGAACAGGUGGCCCAGCUCCUGACGGGCAGCCCCGAGCUCCAGUUGCAGUUCUCCAAUGAUAUUUACAGCACCUAUCACCUGUUUCCUCCGAGGCAGCUGAGUGAUGUAAAGACAACCGUGGUUUACCCAGCCACAGAGAAGCACCUGCAGAAGUACCUGCGCCAGGACCUCCACCUGGUUCGAGAGACAGGAGGUGAUUACAAGAACGUCACCUUACCCCACCUGGAGUCCCAGAGCCUCAGCGUCCAGUGGGUGUACAACAUUCUCGACAAGAAGGCGGAAGCCGACCGGAUUGUUUUUGAGAACCCAGAUCCCGCUGACGGCUUUGUCCUCAUCCCCGACCUCAAGUGGAACCAACAGCAGCUGGAUGACCUGUACCUGAUCGCCAUCUGCCACCGCCGGGGCAUCAGGUCGCUUCGGGACCUCACCGCGGAGCACCUGCCGCUGCUCAGGAACAUCCUCCGGGAGGGGCAGGAAGCCAUCCUGCAGCGGUACCAGGUGAAGGGGGACCGCCUCCGCGUGUACCUGCACUACCUGCCCUCCUACUACCACCUGCACGUGCACUUCACCGCCCUGGGCUUCGAGGCCCCCGGCUCAGGGGUGGAGCGGGCCCACCUGCUGGCAGAGGUGAUCGAGAACCUGGAGCGUGACCCGGAGCACUACCAGCGGCGCACCCUCACCUUUGCCCUCAGGGCGGAUGACCCCCUGCUCAGGCUCCUGCAGGAGGCCCAGAAAAGCUGAGGCUCCUGGACGGCCCAGAGAACAGAUAUGUGGGACUGGGGUGGGGUUUUUUAGCACCAAAUUAAUUUUUUUAACUGUGGUUUGUACUGGCUUGUUUCUAGCGUGCGAAUAAAGUAUUGGUCGC